AUGGCGGGCAAGAAAAAAGCAUUCUGGUUUCUUCUUCUCUUUGUUUCAGAACUUUUAGCUGCUGAGGAAUCAAAGCAGCCAAAGCUUGGAACUGUGGUUGGAAUUGAUCUCGGAACUACAUAUUCUUGCGUGUGUGCCUAUCGAAAUGGUCAAGCUGAGAUCAUAGCGAAUGAUCAAGGAAACAGAGUAACUCCAUCAUGGGUUGCAUUCACGGACGACGAACGUCUUAUCAGUGAAGCCGCAAAGAAUCAAGCGGCUAUGAACCCAGACUGCACAAUCUUUGGUUCAGAAAGAUAUGAAGAUGGUGCCUUACAAGCUGUGAACAAAGAUGGUAAGCCUUUCAUCCAAGUAAAGAUCAAGGAUGAUGUGGUCAAGCAGUUUAGUCCUGAGGAAAUCAGUGCUUUGAUUUUGGGAAAGAUGAAGGAGACAGCGGAGUCCUACUUGGGAAAGAAAAUCAAGGACGUCGUUAUCACUGUCCCUGCUUACUUUAACGAUGCACAGAGACAGGCCACCAAGGAUGCAGGCGCCAUUGCUGGGCUCAAUGUGGCUAGGAUGAUUAAUGAACCAACCGCGGCAGCAAUCUCCUAUGGUUUGGACAAGAAAGGAGGAGAGAACAACAUUUUGGUUUUUGACCUUGGUGGCGGUACAUUUGAUGUCAGCGUGUUGUCCCUAGAUAAUGGUGUGUUUGAGGUUCUUGCAACAAACGGGGAAACCCACUUGGGAGGAGAAGACUUUGAUCAGAGAUUGAUGGAGUAUUUCAUCAAGUUGAUCAAGAAGAAAUAUAAUAAAGAUAUUAGCAAAGACAAGAAAACACUUGGAAAGCUUCGCAAGGAAUGCGAGAGAGCUAAAAGAGCCUUGAGUAGCCAGCACCAAGCUCGUGUUGAUAUUGAGUCACUUGUUGAUGGUACUGACUUCUCCGAGCCGCUAGCAAGGGCAAAAUUCGAAGAACUGAACAUGGAUUUGAUCAAGAAGACAAUGGGGCCAGCAAAGAAGGCUUUGGAGGAUGCGGGUUUGAAUAAGACAGACAUUCAUGAAAUAGUUCUUUCUCGGAUUCCCAAGGUGCAACAACUAUUGAAGGACCUUUUUUAUGGAAAAGUGCCAAACAAAGGUGUCAAUCCAGAUGAGGCUGUUGCCUAUGGUGCUGUGGUUCAUGGUGGAAUCCUCGGUGGAGUCAUGACAAAACUGAUACUGAGGAACACUGUUAUCCCGACCAAGAAAUCGCAGAUUUUCACGACUUACCAAGACCAGCAAACUGCUGUUUCAAUCAAGACCUAUGAAGGUGAAAGGAGCUUGACAAAGGAUUGUCGUGUACUUGGAAGGUUUGACUUAACUGGCAUUCCACCUGCUCCAAGGGGUGUGCCUCAAAUUGAGGUUAUCUUCACGGUUGAUGAAAAUAGUAUACUUCAUGUAACAGCGAAGGACAAGACUGCAGGGAAAUCACAAUCCAUCACGAUCACUACUGACAAGGGGCAUCUCAGCCAGGAGGAGAUUGAGAAGAUGGUUAAGGAGACGGAGGAGUUUGCAGAGGAGGACAGGAAGAUCAAAGAGAGGAUCGAUGCCAGAAAUNAAUACUGA